AUGACCUCCUCUCUGGUCCUGAACCCUCGCUGGCCAGCGGAAACGGUCAUGUUCGUGUAUGACAACAACCUGGACGACCUGAACAAAAACAUGGAGGGGCUCGUGGGCGGCGGAAACUUCGCUGCGGCCACUGCGGCGAGCCAGUGCCGCAACAUCAUGGCGCAUUCCGCGGCUGCUGCGGCUCUCGGGGGGCACGCCUCUGGCCUGGUGCAUUCUUCAGCCGGUUAUUCCUCAGUGGACGUUUCCACUUCGUGCGCCACUGAGACGGCUCCAUCUUCAGGGAAGCAGUGCUCAACUGGACCGUGUCCGGCGGCCGCCAUGCCGCACCAAAGCUCCUCCGCUGCGGCCGCGCUGCCCUACAGCUACUUCGGUAAUGGGUACUAUCCGUGCAGGAUGGGUCGGAGCUCCUUGAAAUCGUGCACCCAAGCUGCCGGGGCCACGCUCAGCUCGCAGUACAUGGACACAACAGUGGGCUCUGAUGAAUACUCAAACCACAGGGCAAAGGAGUUCGCCUUCUACCACGGCUAUGCCAGCCCUUACCAGUCCAUGGCCAGUUACCUUGACGUGUCGGUGGUCCAAACCCUGGGCACGGGGGAGCCCCGCCAUGACACCCUGCUCCCAAUGGACAGCUACCAGUCAUGGGCUCUGACUAACGGCUGGGGAGGACAGAUGUACUGCUCCAAGGACCAGGCGCAGGCCGGACACCUCUGGAAGUCCGCUCUUGCUGAUGUGGUCGCGCACCAGCACGACGGCUCGCCUUUCCGUCGGGGUCGGAAGAAGCGGAUCCCGUACACCAAGGUCCAGCUGAAGGAGCUGGAGAAAGAAUAUGCAGCCAAUAAGUUCAUCACCAAGGACAAGAGGAGGAAGAUCUCUGCCGUGACCAACCUAUCGGAGCGGCAGAUCACCAUCUGGUUCCAGAACAGGCGCGUGAAGGAAAAGAAGUUUGUGGCCAAAGUGAAGAGCAGCGCGCCGUAAGCAGCAGGUUCCGCUGCUGUUUGGAUAGUUUGGUGGAGGCACCAGGCGGAUCUGAAGUUUCACAGCUGAAACAGGACGGAAAAAAGGAAAAUAAAAUGGACUUUCUGAGGAAAUGGGAGUGCGUGGGGAAACGAGUCCUACAACAGACGGAGGAAAACAGAGACUCCUGAUCCAGAGAUGAAUCUUUGUAAAUACAGCACUGUAACUGUCCGUGUUCUCUGUGUUAGUGUCUGUCAACCCCUAUAACCCAAAGUACAUUUUCUCUCCAUUUUCUUUUUAAAUCAGUAAUCCAAAUAUGGUGGAAUACAUAAUAAAUAAAUUUA